UGACCUGUCUCUAUUGUCAAAGCAUCCAGCCACAUAACCCCAGAAGACACAACAGGACAGGAAGGAACAGAGCGGGGCUGCAAGAAGGCCCCGCAUAGCCACCUCAUGUCUUGCAGACCUGCAUCUUCUCUUCUAGGACAUCCUCCACCCCUGUGGCUGAAGCCCUCAAAGCCAAAGCUCCAGCAGGAUUGAAGGGAGGGAUGCCCCAGUGUCCCAGAGAACCCCAAGCAUGCUAAGAUUGACCUCAGUGAAGGGGAGGGAAGGGGAGGAGGGGGAGGAGGAGGAGGGUGAUUAUAAAAGCCCUGGGGCUGUACCAUCACCUCAGCCUGAAGAAGUGGAGGGAGUCCAGCUGCUGCAAGCAGAUACAGUUGAGAAACUGCCAGAAGAGAAGCAGCGUACCCAUUGCCACAGAAAUGCACAGGCACUUGCAGACUUCUUUGCCUGGGCUGAACCUAUUGUUGCAGCUGGGGUGCCGACCACUGUGAGGGGCAUUUAUCAACGGCUCUCAUUCAUCAAGGAUGUGUCUGCUGAGCACAGAUUGGAUAAGACCCUGCAGGAGAUGACCCUUGCACAGCCACAUGAUGUGGUGGUGACCCUCCUGCGGUGUGCCCCAUCAUGUGACAGAGUUGCUGUGACCAUGUGGAUGGCGAUUGUCUCCUCAAACAGAACUGCAGAGAAGGUGCUGCCAGAGCUCCUCUGUGUGCUGGAGGACUGGCCACUGCACAGCACAUCCACCUCUGAUAAGGAUAACUCAGAUGUCUUUUCCCUGGCCGCAACCAGAGCAGUGUGGGAGAUCAUUCACCUGCCCCAGGGCCCAGAGAGAAUGAUUCUGUAUUUCCCCCGCCUCUUUGUGGCCCUGCUCUUCCAAGUUUUCUCCAGCACAGAGCAGAUGCCAGAGGAGGUCAACGCCUUCUGGAGGCGAUGCCAGCACAAGCACUGCCUGCCCACAAACCCCAACAGAUUUGUACUGCUGACCAUGAAAUCACUGCUUUGUCACCUGGAGUAUGAGAAUGUGGUGUCUGAAGUUGAACGGGAGUGUGGCUGGGACACACUCCUCAACACUGACACCCACCACUAUACAGUGAAACUUCUGGCCAGAGCAAUGCUGAGGGUCUCAGAGCCCUUGUGUUACCGGAUAGCACGCUACCUGUUCAGACUGCUCCACAGAGAGGAGGCACACUGGGAGGUCGCUGCCAUGGCCUUCCUUGUGGAGGUCCUGCCUUGCCUGAAUAUAAAGCACUGGGGUGAACGCAUCCUACAGCUUUUUCAAAUCUACCUGUGGAGGGAGCAGAGAGUGAUGCGUCUCCUGGUGCUCAGAUGCCUCAUGGUACUCUGCAGAACACCCUGUUUGGCCAACACAAUGUCGGCCCUGACUGAAAGCCUCGUGGAGGUUCUGAAGGAUGAAGACAGGGAGGUGAGGGGGAUGACCCUCUCUGUGCUCAGUGAGAUGCUCCUGAACAGAGAUGUGCCAAUUGCCGGUUCCCUCGCUGUGCAGCUGAUUGAGGCACUCCGGCCACUCUUUGACAAUGAUACUAGCCAUGUGCAGCUGCUCUCCAUUCGCAUCUUUGAAGCAGUGAUGGAGUUGGUAGAGGAAGAGGGAAAAGAGCCCCUAGAGAAAAUUGUACGCCAGAGCCUGUUCCCACUGUUCCGCCACUUGCAUGACAAGAACCAGUUUGUGGCAGAGGCUUCUUGGGAAACUCUGCUUCAAGUUAACACAUUCCUGCAAGAAAGGAAGUUUGAGCAAUUAUUGGAAACAAAAUGGAAAGGUGAAGAAUAUCUGGUGCCAGCCAUUUUGAGGGAUAUUUACCAAUGGCUCUCAUUCAUCAAGGAUGUGUCUGCUGAGCACAGAUUGGAUAAGACCCUGCAGGAGAUGACCCUUGCACAGCCACAUGAUGUGGUGGUGACCCUCCUGCGGUGUGCCCCAUCAUGUGACAGAGUUGCUGUGACCAUGUGGAUGGCGAUUGUCUCCUCAAACAGAACUGCAGAGAAGGUGCUGCCAGAGCUCCUCUGUGUGCUGGAGGACUGGCCACUGCACAGCACAUCCACCUCUGAUAAGGAUAACUCAGAUGUCUUUUCCCUGGCCGCAACCAGAGCAGUGUGGGAGAUCAUUCACCUGCCCCAGGGCCCAGAGAGAAUGAUUCUGUAUUUCCCCCGCCUCUUUGUGGCCCUGCUCUUCCAAGUUUUCUCCAGCACAGAGCAGAUGCCAGAGGAGGUCAACGCCUUCUGGAGGCGAUGCCAGCACAAGCACUGCCGGCCCACAAACCCCAACAGAUUUGUACUGCUGACCAUGAAAUCACUGCUUUGUCACCUGGAGUAUGAGAAUGUGGUGUCUGAAGUUGAACGGGAGUGUGGCUGGGACACACUCCUCAACACUGACACCCACCACUAUACAGUGAAACUUCUGGCCAGAGCAAUGCUGAGGGUCUCAGAGCCCUUGUGUUACCGGAUAGCACGCUACCUGUUCAGACUGCUCCGCAGAGAGGAGGCACACUGGGAGGUCGCUGCCAUGGCCUUCCUUGUGGAGGUCCUACUGUACAUUAACUUAAAGAACUGGGAGGAACGCAUUCUACAGCUUGUCCAAAUCUAUUUACAGAGGGAGUGCAGUGUGAUGCGUCUCCUGCUGCUCAGAUGCCUCAUGGUACUCUGCAAAAGAACCUCUUUGGCUGAAAGCAUGGAAAACCUGACUGAAAGCCUCACUGAUGUACUGAAGGAUAAAGACAGGAAGGUGUUGUGGAUGACCCUCUCUGUGCUCAGUGAGAUGCUCCUGAACAGAGAUGUGCCAAUUGCCGGUUCCCUCGCUGUGCAGCUGAUUGAGGCACUCCGGCCACUCUUUGACAAUGAUACUAGCCGUGUGCAGCUGCUCUCCAUUCGCAUCUUUCAAGCGGUGAUGGCGUUGGUACAGAAAGGAAAAGAAAGGCAGGGGCUGACAGACUGCGUGCGACAGAGCCUGCUCCCGCUCUUCUACCACAUGUAUGAUGAGAACCAGUUUGUGGCAGAGGCCUCUUGGGAAACCCUGCUUCAAGCAACGAUAUUCCUGAAGAGGUGGAAUCUUCAGCAGCUGCUGGAAUCAGAAGAGCUGUGGAGGUUUGGCGAGUGCCUGCUGAAAGAGGAGAGGGACAGAGCGGAUGGGUACCUGCGCCAGUCCGUGAUGUACCUGCAGAGCCCACAGAAGUCCAUUCGAGAGGCAGCCAUGAGGCUCACUGCCCCACGAGGCAAGACAAACAAGUUCAGCCCCUCCAUCUUUAACCUCGUAACUCAAACCCGGCACUUUGUAAGAACUGCGGAGACAAAUCCUAGCUCCAGAUUCAGGCUGUUGCAAAACCAGCUCCGUGAGGCAUGGAGGAGGCAAGCUUCUCUCUUAGAAAAUGGCUGGCCUUCUCUGUGGCACAAAGUUGGGUUUCGCCGCUGGAAGCCCCCGCAUUACUGAUCCCAGGAGCUCAUGGGGACAUCUGAAAGGAAGUAUUAGGUGGCUUCUGGUGUCUCCCAACCCACAGGACAACUCUUCUCCUAGAUCCCUUUUCUUCACCCCUUUUAAGGAAAAUAAAAUGCAAAAAUAGGCACU